AUGCAAAAGCAAGUCAUACCUUCAAAAGUUUAUGAGGUUAAUCCCGAUAAAAUUCCUUCUGCAGAACUGAAUAAUUCUAAUGAAGUCAAAAUAAGUUCGCUUCCUUUUACCUCGGGUAUUUCAUCUGGGGCAAAACCAACCCAGACAAUUACUGCUAAAACAGGGAGAUCCGCUUUGACACUUAACCUUCAACUUCAUGCUAGCAGCAGUUUUGUUCAUCCCAGUGAGAAAUCAUUUACCAAUCAUAUUUCUUCUGGAACUUUCCAAAAGAGUCAACAAGCCAAACAAGCUGAGGGAAGGAAAUUAGGUGAUCGGCUUCCACCUGCUUCAAAUCGUCAGCGCCAACCCAUUAAUGAUGCCAAAUUCGCUGAAGAGGCACUUUUCAAGAAGACGCUUUCGAUAGGCUUGUCAGAUGUAUUUAAAAAUGCGCUGAUUAAACAUAAGUUAAACCUCACCGAUUUUAGGCCUCUAAAGGCUCCCUUUGUUCCUUAUAUUGUCAAGAUUUUGGUCAAUUUCAUUGAAGGAGAUUGCAGAACUUAUGGUUGGAAUACUGUCUUUACACCAUCCGAUUCUUCUCAAAUGGAAUUGGCGGAGCUUCAUGCAUGUUUGCUACUGCAAAACAGAAACUAUCAUGAACACAUUAAACGCCAAGUUAAAGCAAUGUCCUUGUCCCUCAAAGUUGAUACAUUACGUGUUCUGCUUGCCAGAUUCAAGCAAAAGCCUCUUCAUUUCAGUAGGCAAAUUUUAAAAGAGGUAGUUAAACAGCCAUUGUAUGACCUUUUCUUACGACCGAAUACGAACAUUAAAGAUCUGGUUCGACAAACGUGCCUUCCAACUAGCAGAACGACCAUGGAUACACUUGCAUUUAUGAUGUUCCACCUUCAGCAUGCAUGGAAAGGAUGCGUUUCAAAUGUGGCGAGUAAAACGACUCUGGCCAAAAUUUAUGGACCUCUACUCGUAAGCUUCUCGGAAAGACCCGUUAUAACGGACCAGGAUCCGACAAGUUAUAAAACUGAAGAGGCAGCUAUUCUAGAGGUGAUUCUUGAAGUUUGUGAUUUGCACUUCUGGGACAACUUGAGCAUGUUGAAAAUGCAUCUUGCUUUUAACAGUAAAGAGGACGAUUCGGAGGUCCAAGCGGUAGAUCCAUUAGAGGAUAAUGUAGCUCAAAUUCCUAUCGAGCCACCUGAAUAUGAGAAUGAGGCAUGGUUUUCUUGUCUUUUUGGGCCUAAAGAAUCUCCAUCAAAGAUAGCACUUGAGGAGGAGGGGAAAGAUAUCGAGUAA